AUGGCUUCUUUGCUAGUUUUGGCCUAUGGUAUACAACAUGAAGAACAUGAAGAUCCUUACGCGGAAAUAUUUGUGGUGUACCGGCGCAUGACACAUGGAAGAUAUCAACAUUUUGCACCACCAUCGAAAGUGACUACAGAAAGCCGUCUUCGCUUUGAGGAGUUUGUCGAGUUUGAGCUGGAAGAGGCUUUCGCAGGAUAUCAAAUAGCGAUGAAUAUAUUGAUUUUUUGCAAGCUCUCACAGAAGAUCGAGAGCUAUGCUCAAGGAUGGCACACCUCGGCAAAGAUGCGAGCAAUCGAGGGAACGAUCAAGAGGUACCCGUGUGAUGUACCGCCGCGUAUUCAGGAGGCUAAUAAACUUCGAUAA